GCAGCAGCAGAGAGAGAGAGAGAGAGAGAGAGAGAGAGAGAAAGUUCGCAUUCGCUGGCAGUGGUAGAUUCCUCGAGCUACCAUCCUCGUCUCGUGUUUCUCAAAAACCACGUCGAAUCAUGCAAAGUUACCUUCCUUUUCACAGUGACCUGUGACUGCUUGCAUUGUGCACAGUCCUUUUGUCUCUUCUGCUUCUUCUGUUCUCUCUUUCACUUUUUUCACCUCAAUGGUCACUUUCUGCUUUUUUGGGUCAUCGUCAUUUUGUGAAUGUCAUUGUUCCUAGGAAUAAAAGUUCCUUUUUUUAUGACAUUAUCAAACACUUCAUUAGUUUCUGAAUCAUGGGUCACUUUACUUUUUUUUUCUUUGGAUUAGGGGUGAGAGAGACUACUAGACUAGCAUUUCAGUAAAAUGGGGUUUAGGGGUUUUUGUUUGAAGUGGAGUUGUUGAUAUUUUUUUAUGCUUUGAUUUUUGGUGGAGCAAGUGUUGGAGAAAUGAAUGAUGCUACUGGGAAAGGUUCUUCUUGUUUGGCCAUAACAGAGAAGAAGAAUCAAAGGGUAGGUGGUUGCAUUGGUGUUUUCUUUCAGCUUUUUGACUGGAACCGUAGCCUUACUAAGAAGAAGCUCUUCAAGAAACUUCCACCUCCUGCAGCUGGAGCAAAACAAGCUUCUUCAAAGAAGUUUAAAGGGGAAGAGAAAAUGCCAAAUUCCAAGCUCCACUUGAUUGCUAAUGAGAACAAUGGAGGCUUCCCAAGUGCCAAAAAAUGUGUGAAUCGUGUAAUAGAGGCAGAACAAAAGCAAGAAGUGCGAGUACCUGGUCUGGUUGCUAGGUUGAUGGGUCUAGAGUCUAUUCCAGCUUCCCGGCGAGAUCGGACCAAAAAAUCUUCCUUUUCUAAUGGCGAUGGUGAGAAGGAGUCUUUGGAUGACCAUGAUAGGGAAAGGGUGCAUUUUGAACUGGGAGUUGGAAGUGCAAAGCAUGACUCAAGACCUCAAAAGCUUCAGAAAACUGGAACAGAUGAGAAAAGGACAAUGACUAGAUUUGGAGCUGAGGCACUACAAAUUAAGGGUGUUCUGUCACAAGUAAGAAAAUAUAAUCACCAUCACCAUCACCACCACACAUUGAAGAGCCCGCGAGUUCCUUCAGGAAAGAGUGCAUCUCGACGCUCUCGGUUAAUCGGAGCAGCUACGAAGAUCUUGGAACCUGGGAUGCAGGCUACAAACAGAGGCAAACAUUCUCUUACCUCUUCCACUUCCAUUUCUCCUCCCAAUCCUUUGAUGGGGCAUAAAUCUUGCAAAAAUUGUGGCAAUCUUCUUGAUGUUGUUGAGAUCAGCUCUCCAAUUGUCUCAGAUGUGUUCAUCCCCUCUCAUGAAAAUGAUGUAGUUCUUCUGAGAAGCCAGGAGAAGAUCAUAACUCUUGUUGAUGAAGAUGGAAAAAACAAUGCACAAUCUUGUAAUGAAUCCCUUACUAGAAGAAUGCCUGUGCCUGAGAAACGGGAUUCAUCACGCCAACUAUUUGGGGCUCAAGAGGAUGAUGGUGAGGCGUCUUUUGCCUUCAAACUCAAAACUCAAACACAAGAACAGGUGUUAAACAGUGAAAAAGUUUCAUCUGGAUCUAUAAUAAGUAAUAUGCAAGAGAAGAGGGUAUUAUCAGCUGGAAGCACUAAAGACUUUGUUGCUUCGAAUAGAAGCCUUAUUGGCCGAUCUAGGAUACGGUCUCCUACCAAGAUGGAUAGCAGCAAAUUUGAUCUUGAGAGAAAACCUUCUAAUAAACAUGAUGAUUCCUUGUCUCCCAUAAGCACCUUAGAGAGGAAAAGAAGGACAUCAACUGUCCCGCGGGUUGAAGCUAUAAAUUCUGGUAAUUUGGUUACUGUUAAACAGAAAUAUGUAAGUUCUGACACACGAGGGGGGAAAAGGAGGAGUUUUGAUGCUUCCUUCCGAAACAAUUAUAAUGUCAAAAGUAUACAAGGUGGUCAGCUAAACACAGAUAAGAUCAAUGACAAUAAGGUCAAUGAGGCGGUUUCAUAUACCUUUAGUUUCCCCUCUAAGACAAAGAUUGUAAUACCAGCUGCAAAAGAAGAGAGAAAGAGUAAUAACGAGGUUAAGACAGAUUUUCAAAGACUUUCGCCUUCGACAGUAGAUGCCUUAGGAGCCAUUUUAGAGCAGAAGUUGAAGGAAUUAAGUUGUCAAGAAAAUCAGGAGUUGGCUACUUGCCGUCCACCUAAAAACUCAACUGCCAUGAUUCUUCAAGAAUUAAUAUCUGUUCUUAAUUUAAAGCAUCUAACAAAUUCUGAUGAUCAUGCUUUCAGUGACAAGUUUGAGGCAAGUCAUGUAAGAUUAUUAGGAACCUCUUGCAAUGGUAAUCAUCUCAGUCCUGGAUCUGUACUGGAACCUUCCUUUUCAUAUAGUAGUUUGGAUGAAGGCUCAGCGCAUGGUUUUCGCUCGGACAAUCAACUGGAACAGUUGGAACAUGGUGCUGAACUUUUAUAUUCUGCAAUAUCAUUUGACAAAGGGAGGAUGAUAGGUUAUGAAGUACUGGCUGAACUUGCCAACCAAAUUCAUAGGAUGUUGCAAAGUUUAAAAUCUUGUGGAAUAAGAUUGACAGAAAGUAACCUCAUCCAUAUGAAAGAGGUUAUCUUCAAUGCUGAACUGGUUCUAGGAAAUUCCACUGAGCAUGGUGAGGAUGGAAUGUCACAACAGCUUCUCGUUUCUUGUUUUCUGCUUGGUGAACUGGACACCAUGGCAAGUGAUGCUAUGUGGAGAGAUUUCAAUGGCUUUGCAGGUUUCGAUGAAUCUAAAGAUAGAAGCCAGAUUAAGGGACUUCUGUUUGAUUGUGUAAUAGAAUAUCUGGAAUCAAAUUGCUGCUGCCAACAUUAUAACAGAGUAUUUCAGGCAUGGACAAAACUACCUUUAUGCAAGAAAGCUAAGAUGUUGGCUCAAGAGGUCAAAAGUGAGGUGAAGAAGUGGUCAAGUAUAGCUGGUAUGUUACCUGACCAAGUAAUAGAAUGGGAGAUGAUGAGUCACUCAUGGGGUAAAUGGACUGAUUUUACUACUGAAGCAUUUGAGGUUGGUGUUGAUAUAGGUGGGUUUGUACUUCAAAUUUUGGUUGAUGAAAUUGUUGAAGAGCUUUUAGAUUCCUGGAGGGGGCACAUUUUGAAGAACUUACCCAAAUCAUGCUACUAAAUUUCUUCUAGGCUCUUCAUGACUAACUUCUCAGGUUUUUGAUGAUUCAAGAUUCAAUGUUGUACAAAUAUAUUGAUGGUAUUUCUAUAAGAGAUUCUUGACAUCGUUUGGAUACACUGGACUAAUAUUAUUGUUAUUUUGUAUGUAA